GUUCGUCAGUGGCUGCUCUUUCAAAUCCCGCAACCUAUUCACACCUCUUUGCAUACUGCAGCUCUCACAGCCCGUGAGAUUCUGCCUGCUCCUCCUGCGCCAUACGGCCGCCUAUUACAAGGCCUCACGAGCGAAGACCCACAACCGGAUCGUCUACCAGGACCUUCACAUGCAGCACAGAAAGAGAGAGUUUGCCAAUAACCGGGGGAAGCUGCAAUGGGGGAGGAACAAGCCAGCGGUGUGAAGACACCUGUCGCCACGGAGACUAUAUCCCAAGCCACCGUACCAAAAGUCGCAAGCCCUUCGAUUGCGAUUCCCAGACCAAAACUCCCAGUGCCGAGUAUGCGCACGCCGACGACGAAGACGCCCACAGACACACCACGGGAAUGGAACACGGCGAAACUGGGCAUGCGCGUGGGUGCAGACACCCUCUCAGCUGGUGCAGCAGGCAUCUUGGUCGCUCCAAUCAUCACCAUGAUAGACAAGGGCAUCAUCGAGAACGCCAGCGGCAGAAACACACUAGGCGACAGUCUCAAGCAAAGCCUUACGCAACUCGUCUCAAAACCGCACCGCUUCCUUUCCAGCAAACCUUUCGCCCUAAUCUUCAGCCUCUACUUUGGCACCUACCUCACCGCCAACACCAUCGACACCGCAUCCGCAACGCUUAAACCCAGUCAGCCCUUGCAGCAGCAAACAAGCGGCACCAGCAAAUUCGUCGCUACCAGCUCCGCGAAUCUCGCACUCUGUCUGUAUAAAGAUAACCAAUUCACCCGCCUCUUUGCAGCCCCAGGCUCCUCACCCCGCCCCGUCCCCCUCCCCACCUUCGCCUUAUUCACCGUCCGCGACUGCCUCACCAUCUUUGCUAGUUUCAAUCUCCCGCCGCUCCUCGCGCCCGCGCUGGAGCAGCGCAUGAGCGACCAGGUAAAUAGGUACGUUAGUGCGCUUAGCAUAGCGCAGUUUGUUACCCCCGCUGCAGUGCAACUUGUUAGCACGCCGUUGCAUUUGCUGGGCCUCGAUUUAUAUAAUCGGCCUGGUGUGCAUGUCGGAGGUCGCGAUGGGAGGGCUGCAAGGGUGCUGAGAGAUUGGGGGAAGAGUGCUGCGGCGAGGAUUUGUAGGAUUGUGCCGGCGUUUGGGGUGGGUGGGGUGGUGAAUACCAAGGUUAGGAGGGGGUUGAUGGGUAGGUUAGAGGAAUGAUGUGAUGGCGUGUUGUGAAUGUUUAUGUGGAGUGUUUUUUUUUAGUUUUUUUGUCUGGUGUUUGUGGUGGGAUGGGCAUAUAGAUGGGAAAUCUCUUCUCUACGGCUGAACGUUGGAAGGUUUGGAUGUAUCGCAUUGCAUGGAGUUCAGUAGGCGUUCUGAGUGGUAGUUAUGGAUCUAGAUUUAACAAGCUAUGUAGUAUUAACGUAGCCACUUUACAAUUGAAGUUUAGACUCAUUCAAGUUGUACCGAGU